UUCCUUCCUGUGUCAAGCAACCUAAGAAAACAACCCAAACAUCCAUCUUGAACUGUGUGCUCUGCUGAUGGAUUCAACUUCUCUUACAGUGCCCUUUGUCCAAGAAAUUGCAAAGGAGGCGUUGACGAGUGUUCCAGAGCGUUAUGUUCGUCCACUUCAUGAACGUCCAACAUUAUCUACCACCACACCUUUACCACAAGUUCCCGUCAUUGACCUAAGCAAAUUGUUCUCGCAAGAUCUCAAGGAACCUGAGCUGAAAAACCUGCACUGUGCCGCCAAAGAGUGGGGUUUCUUUCAGUUGAUUAAUCACGGAGUGAGCAGUUCGUUGGUGGAGAAAGUGAAGAGAGGUGCUCUUGAAUUCUUUAAUCUUCCAAUGGAAGAGAAAAAAAUGUUUGCACAGAGAGAAGGAGAAGGUGUGGAGGGAUAUGGUCAGGCCUUUGUUGUUUCUGAGGAGCAGAAAUUAGAAUGGGCAGAUAUGUUUUUCAUGCUCACCUUGCCACCACAAUUGAGGAAACCCUACCUAUUCCCCAACAUACCCUUACCAUUCAGGUUCCAUUCUCUCUCUCUGUUCAUUAUUAUGCUCUCUUCUUUUAUAUCUUUGGAAAUAUGA